AUGUUCUCAAAGCAACUUAAACAUCUUUCUAAUACAUCUUUUACUUUCAACAAGGUUGCUCUUCUCUCCAAUAAUUCUUAGAGAUUAGCAUCCACUUUUGUGAGCUCAUAGCCAGGAUUUGAUGUUAGAAAUUACCAAUUACCAAAACAAAGCCAGCAACUAAUAGUUGAGAGACCCUGGUCCACUAAACCAUUUAACCCAGUUGAUGCUCUUUAAAUUCCAGUAUUUGAUUUCAAAACAGGGCAGUUUACAGGGGAAUUAUGUAAUCUUGACUAAGAUAUCUUUAAUGUUCCUUUAAGAAGAGAUAUUGUGCACAGAGUUUAUCAAUACUUCAUGGACAAUGGCAGAAGAACCUACAAAACAGUGAAAACUAGAGGAGAUGUGUCUGGUUCAGGAAUGAAAAUGAGACCCUAGAAGAAGAGUGGUAGAGCAAGACAAGGUGAUAAAAGAGCUCCUCAUUUAAAGAAAGGAGGUAAACCCCAUGGUUCAGUUCCCAUGGAUUAUACAUUUCCAAUUAAUGAAAAGCUCAGACUUCUAGCCCUUAAGACUAUAUUAUCAGCAAGAUUGUACGAGGACAAAUUGGUUCUGAUUGAUAAUGAAAAAUUAGAAUACCCAAAGACUAAGUACUUAGAUGAAAUUCUAUCACCAUACAGGAAUGAUAGAAUACUAUUCUUAACACCAUUCGAAAUGGAUCCUCACUUUAAGUUUGCCUCUUAAAAUAUUGAGACAUUGAAUGUAAUGAACCCUUAAUAAAUCAAUGUUAAGCCAAUUAUAUAAAAUGACUGGAUUUUCGCCACUAAGUAAAGUCUUCAAGAACUAGAAAUGAUAAUUGAGUGUAGAGAUGAUAACUUAUUCAGAAAUAGGAAAAUCCCAAGAGAAUCCUUAGCAUAUGAUACUUUACUGCCAAAUCAUGUAGCAAGAUAAGAGAGAAAGCGUGAUAGAUUUGAUGAAGAUAUUAUAAGGUCAAUUCUUGAAAGAGAAGACUUUGCAGAAAUAGAGGACAAACCAUUGUAGAUAGUAACGGAAUCACUAAAAGGUUAUAUCCAAGAUCUAAAGGAAUUGCAAGAUAAUAAACAAUCAAGUCAGGCAAGCCUUUGA